CGUGACAGCUGGAAAUUACAAGAAAAAAAAUAGUCCUAUCGUUAAUGAAGUGAUGUGGCUUAGGUUUAGAGGAAAAUCAUGAAAAGAUCCGUUGUUAAUUGUUUUGUACAUACUUUGUGUUUAGUUUUAGUAUUGCUAGUGCUCGAUACCUCCGGGAGAGAAUGCGGGGACCCACAGUGCAAAAGUGUAAUAGCAACGGGAAAGGUGAUGCUACGCUACCGUGGCGGUGGCGAACCGAAGGUGAAUCUGGAUCAGAACGAGUUCGUCGAUAUAUUGGCGAAAAAUGUUGGCAAAGAACUGGAUUACGUGGUGCGAAAGUCGUCCGGCAAGGAGGGCCUUGCAUCGAAAAAAUUCAUACGGGAGCUUAAAAUUCUGAUAAAAACGGCGGAUCGAAUUACCAUCUCUGAUGAGGUUGGGAGCGCGAAUCCGCCCGAUAUCAAGCCGACGCAACCGUUAGCAGCAUUGGAAGAUAACGUUGCGCAAACGACUGUCCUUGAUGGGACGGUGAUAGCGAACGAUGCUCUUUCGUAUGCUUCAACGGUUCAAGCCGAGGUUACCGACGCACCGUUUAGCGUUGAGCCGACCCCUUCGCUCGAGGUAAUACCAAGCACACAGGCAGCUGAGAGCAAACCGCUUAGUGAGAGUGCAGAAGAUUCGGAAAGCGAGAAAGCGGACAAUGAAUCAGGCGAGGAGCUGACCGAUCCCGAUGACAUCCAGGAAGAUGAAGAGGCUGAGGACGAGGAGGAAGAAGAGGAUGUUAGUGAAGAAAGUGAAGAUGAAGUGCCCACAGUAGAAACAACGGCACAAGAGGACAGCAAACCAAAUCAAGUGAAUGGUGGGCAAGAAACAGCUAAACUUGAAACAUCUACUGAAAAGGUGCUAUCGAGUGAUGAUAUCAGUGAAUCACAACCACCAAAAGAGCAAGAUAACAGCAACACUAAUGAUAAUGAGCCGAUUGAUCAAGCAAAGGUGCCCAAUGUAAACGAUUUCACGGUGCCGGCAACAAAGGAGGGUGAAAAUGUUGAAACAACAGAACUCGGUGCUAAUGAACCAAUGGAAACCGUUACCGACAAUAGCACGCAUGCAACAGAACCGGCUUAUACCGACCCAGCAGCUGCUGACACAAAUGUGCUAAGCGAAAGUGAAAAUCAAGAAGCAAUAGUGGAUAAUAGUUCGAUUGUUUCAAACGUAUCCAGUUCAGAGGAAACGAAUGAUGCAGAGACCAUCAGUGAAACUGGUUCUACGAGUGAAGAGCCGCCAGUUACGGAAUCGUUUCAAGAUUCACCCACAACGGAAUCAGUCUGGAUGAUGGAUGAAGUUACAACUCCACUGCCCGUUGUGGAAAAGAUUGAGCCAGACGUACCUGUGUCAUCUGUGCCGGUGGAAGUGGUUACGGAAUCGGUGCCACCUGCUGUAGUAGAACCGGCACCAGUUACGGAGCCGGAAAACGAUCCACCAAGCGUUGCUGCGCUAACGGAACCGACGAAACCCGAUAAUCAACCAACACCACCCGCUCGAAUCCUAGCAGGAGGCUUGGGUAAUUUAUUAGCUCAUAGUCAUCAUCAUCACCACCACCACCAUCAUCAUCCACACCAUCCGCACCAUCAUCAUGAUCAUCACCACCAUCAUGGUCACGGACAAGAUGAUCAGAAAAUGGUGCAAAACGAGCAGGCGGCAGCGCCGGAAGCUGCUGUAGUAAAUGUACAAACCGUUGGUGAUACACAUUUACAUUUUCCUGCCCAAACUGACACGCUAGAAAACAACCUUCCUCAAGACGGAGAAGCGGUGCACCAUGGACAUAAUGUUGAGUCUUUGGAAAGUAACCAUUUCCACAGUGCUCAAGUGGUGGUUCCACCUGUGCAAGAAAUGGCAGGCAGUAACAGUAAUGAAGAAAACGGGUAUUGCGAUAGUGCGGCUGCUGAUUGUCCCCCGCCAGGAUUGCCACUUGUGCCGCCAUCAAUUCAGCACACCAACGGUGGAGACAACUUCUAUCCUCCUGCAUCAAAUCAGCAGCAACAGAUGGACGAUGACAAGGCAAACGAAUCUGAAGAACCUCAGGGCGUACCCCAACAUAUGGAAGCUCUGCCGGAUGUUCAGAAUCAGCCGCUAAACAUGGAAGAUUACCUCGGAGCAUUCGUACAGGAAGCGAUCAAGCUAAGCGACCUCAUCCUGAUGCUCACAAUUACAUCCUUCACGUUGCUAAUGUUCUCCCUGGGACACUAUCUGAUCAACAAAAAUCGGCGAGAGAAACCUUUGAUAUACAAGCUGAACAUGAUUGAGCGCGAUCUAAUGACAUCACACAAGGAGUGCGCGCUGUUGAAGCACGAGCUGCAGGAAACGAAACACAAGCUAACGAGCAUCGAAAACAAUUCGUUUGGUUCUAAUGACAUGGUGAUCGCGCUGAAGGCCGAGCUAGAAGCUGCCGAGCAGACGAAGCUAGAUCUCCAGGACCAAAUAGCGGGACUGGAAAAGGAGCUGGAGAAUGCGGCAGAAGCAGGCCUGGAGCUGAACAAGAUGGUAGCGGAGCUGCUGAACCAAAACGGAAGCGAUUCGAUCGCACUCAGCGUGGAAGAGCUGCAGCGCCAGUUGAACGAACAGCAGCAAACGAUACUGUCGAUGAAUGUGUCGCUGGCGGAAAAGAGUCGCGAAAACAGUGAGCUACAGAUUGCGAUCGCUAACCAGACGGGCAAAUUCAACCAACGCCUGGAGGAGCUAGAGCAGGCACGCAGUGAGCUUACCGAGCAUCGGCAAAAGCUCGAAGAGGAGGUGGCAAGCUUGCAGUCGGAGCAGAAGGCAAAGGUGGAAGUGUUGCGUAAGGAGACAGGUGCAGAAAUCGAUCGACUGACGAAAGAGUUGAAGAUCGCCCAGAGCAAAGCAGACGAGAGCCGCAAAGCUCUAACGGCAAUGGAAGCGAAAUGUGAAGCGCUGGAAGAAUGCUUAAAGGAAGUCAAGACAGACGGGAGUGGAAACGGCAGCAAAGGAAUGAUUGAUUCGAUCGAGCUGAAAGCGCAAAUAGCACUCUUGACGAAGGAAAAGGCAAAUGUGCAGGACAAAUUGCAGGGAGAAGUUAUUGCUCGUCAGCUGGUGGAAGAUCACAUGAAAAUGGUAAACGAAGAGAUUUCUACGCUGAAACGAGAGUUUGGCAAAGCGGAAAAGGAUAAACUGGAAGCAGAGACGAGGUUGGAGGUGCUGUCAUCCUACUUCAAGGAAAAGGAAACACAGUUGCAAAAAGAACUUAGUGUAAAGGAAGCAAUGUGGAUGCAGCAACAGGGCGAAACGACCACUACGGUAGAAAAGAUACGCCACAUGCAAGAUGAAAUACAACAACUUAAAUCGCAAAACGAUAAGCUGCGGGCGGAAAUUGAAGCUCAAGCAACAGCGCACAAAGCUCAAUACACGACCCUUGAAACGCGUUCGCACGAUGCUUGGCUUACGGCCCGGCAGGCAGAGCGUCGUCUGGAGGAAGCCCGCAGCGAAUCUAGCGCACUUCGGCGCAAACUUACAGCUCUUGGUGAUAUUUCUGCUUCCAGUGAUGGUAUGGCAAAUUUACCAAACGCAUCCAUCACACAAACCGAUCUCGGCCUAACUGCUCCCUCGCCUAUACGUGUGGAGUCACCGAAUGCGCCUCCGCUGAUGGGAGUGCUUCCACCGCCACCAUUUAUGCCACCGUUUAUGCCCGGCCCGCCUCCUCCAUUUAUGCCACCGUUCAUACCACCACCCCAUGGCGCCGGUGAAAUGCGACCUCCACCGCUGGGACGGUUGAUGUCGCCGCCUCCGCCGAACAAUCGAUACUCGCCCAACAACAUUAUCGAUGCACGGGAUCGGUACAGUCCCGACCGUGGCCGUUACUCACCGGACAGCCGGUACGACUAUUCCGUCAUGUCGACGUACGAAACGGAGAACGAUUUUAGUCCGCCACCUUCACCACCACCGCACCAUUGGCGUCACUCGAACGAUCGAGAUCGCGAUCGAGAGCGAGAAAGGGACCGGGACCGUGACCGUGACAGGGAUUGGGAUCGGGACCGCGAUCGUGUCAGCGAUCGUGAGCGACCAAACCGAGACGGGCGCGGCAGCGGCAGUGGAGGCUACUCGCGCGGCUACACCCCGACCGGCAUGCGUGCGACACCACCGAUACAGGAUCCCAGGAACAAGAAAUACGCAGGAGGUUUCAGUUCCGGUUCGCAGGAUUCACUUGGCACAAGAAAGAGUUCAGGAAAGUAUAGAUCCACGGGAAAACCGGUGGCGUAGGUACGCGGAACUCAAAGUCAAAGCCGUACACUGAAGGAAGAAGCAGCAGCUUGUGUACAACCCAAGGGCGGAAAACAGAUUUGGAUUUAUGCUAUUCUAAAACCUAUGUCCUCAGUGUGAAAAUGUAUCAUGAAUAGUACUCUUCAUAAAAAUUCAAAUGCAAUGUUUGGAAACAGUAACGACUUGUCCUUAAAGUGAAUUGCAGAAGGUUCUACAGUACAUAGCAAAUGAACGGAGAGACGUUGAACGAAUAAAAAUAUGAAAACAUUUAUUUGUACAGUUUA